AUGGCGGGAACAGGUAGGGGACACGGGGUCGUGGACAAGGAGUCACGGGGUCACGGUGUCGGGGACACGGGGUCACGAUGUCGGGGACACGGUGUCACGGGGUCGGGGACACGGGGUCACGGUGUCGGGGACACGGGGUCACGGGGUCUGGGACACGGGGUCACGGGUUCGUGGACAAGGAGUCAAGGGGUCACGGUGUCGGGGACACGGGGUCACGAUGUCGGGGACACGAUGUCACGGGGUCGGGGACAAGGGGUCACGGUGUCUGGGACACGGGGUCACGGGUUCGUGGACAAGGAGACACGGGGUCGUGGAUAA